CUAAGUUUUGAAGCUGCGAAAGACCAAUUGAGUCGAGAUAUUUUUCUCGUCAUUUUGUUCUUCCGCUCAUUUUCGUAGCGAGCCCUCUCUCUCUCUCUCGUUCUCCAUUCAUACGAAACCCUAGCGUAGCGGACUAUGUUCUGGUAGAUCUAUUUUGCUUGAUUUUUUUAGACGGAGAAAAGCCGCCAAUUGAAAUCAGCGUAAGAGGAAGGAUUAUUACCGGCAGCUCCACACAUAUAGUGGAAGAACACGCCAUGGAUUUGGAUCAAUGGAUAACGAAGGUUAAAGAAGGCCAACAUCUGACGGAGGACGAGCUUCAGCUUCUCUGCGAAUAUGUAAAAGAAAUUCUCAUUGAGGAAUCAAAUGUACAACCUGUCAACAGCCCAGUCACUGUUUGUGGUGAUAUCCAUGGCCAGUUUCAUGAUCUUAUGAAGCUUUUCCAGACUGGAGGUCAUGUUCCAGAGACAAAUUACAUAUUUAUGGGCGAUUUCGUUGAUAGAGGUUACAACAGCCUUGAAGUUUUCACGAUUCUUUUGCUCCUUAAAGCAAGAUAUCCUGCUAAUAUUACCCUUUUGCGUGGAAAUCAUGAAAGUAGACAGCUAACACAGGUGUAUGGCUUCUAUGAUGAAUGCCAAAGGAAGUAUGGUAAUGCCAAUGCUUGGCGAUAUUGCACUGAUGUUUUUGACUAUCUAACUCUCUCAGCUAUUAUAGAUGGAUCUGUUCUGUGUGUUCAUGGUGGUCUUUCCCCUGAUGUACGGACAAUCGACCAGAUAAGACUCAUUGAACGAAAUUGUGAAAUUCCACAUGAAGGACCUUUCUGUGAUCUUAUGUGGAGUGAUCCUGAAGAUAUUGAAACGUGGGCUGUCAGUCCACGAGGAGCUGGUUGGCUCUUCGGAUCCCGGGUUUCUUCUGAGUUCAACCACAUCAAUAAUCUUGAUCUAGUUUGCCGGGCACACCAACUUGUGCAAGAGGGUCUCAAGUACAUGUUCCAAGAUAAAGGCCUAGUAACUGUGUGGUCAGCUCCCAAUUAUUGCUAUCGCUGCGGGAAUGUGGCUUCUAUAUUGAGUUUCAACGAGAACAUGGAAAGGGAAGUGAAGUUCUUCACAGAAACAGAAGAGAACAAUCAAAUGAGAGGGCCGAGGACCGGAGUUCCAUACUUCCUUUGAUCAUGGCCGCCAAAAACCAUAUUAUUGUGAUGAAGCAGAAGAAGCCAUUUAUGUGCAAUGUACGUUUUUCAGCUUCUACUUUUGGAAAUAUGUCUGCGUGACCUGAUGAUGGUGAUGUUACACAAUGCAUAUGCUGCUUUUGUAUGUAAGACCCUCGCCUGUCCCUUUUUUUUUUUUUUUUUUGAAUUGGCUUUGGAUUUUAUUCAUAUGAUUCAUUACCAUUUUGUGAUGAGGGCUCGGCUUUUGGAGAGGGAAAAUUUUUAAUAUGAAUUGGUUUUGGGUUUUAA